AUGCAAAUGCGAAAAACUAAAGACAGAAUUAAAAAGAAUCUACAAACAAGCAAACACACAAUAAUAGAGCCUGGUGUCAUUAAUCCAGAGAAUAUUCAACAAAUGAAUUUGACAAAACAAAGUGAGAAAAGGAAAGAAAAUGAUAGAUUACGUAAACAGCAUCAGAGGCAGAAAGAAACGAAUGAUGAAAAAGAGCUAAGGAAAGCAAAGGAUAAGAUGCGUAAACUCAAACAGAGACAGACUGAAACAAGUGAACAAAGUGUGUUAAGAAAAGAAAAGGAGAAAUUCUAUCAAGAUAAACACAGACAGAGUCAAACGAAUGCUGAAACUCAAAGCAGAAAGGCAAAGGACAGGUCAGAUAAACUUGCUACAAAACAGGCUCAAACAAGUGAACAACAUGUGUUAAGAAAAGAAAAGGAAAAAUUCUAUCAAGAUAAACACAGACAGAGUCAAACCAAUGCUGAAACUCAAAGCAGGAAAGCAAAGGACAGGUCAGAUAAACUUGCUAGAAAACAGGCUCAAACAAGUGAACAACAUGUGUUAAGAAAAGAAAAGGAGAAAUUCUAUCAAGAUAAACACAGACAGAGUCAAACCAAUGCUGAAACUCAAAGCAGAAAGGCAAAGGACAGGUCAGAUAAACUUGCUACAAAACAGGCUCAAACAAGUGAACAACAUGUGUUAAGAAAAGAAAAGGACAAAUUCUAUCAAGAUAAACACAGACAGAGUCAAACGAAUGCUGAAACUCAAAGCAGGAAAGCAAAGGACAGAAAAGAAAAGGAGAAAUUCUAUCAAGAUAAACACAGACAGAGUCAAACCAAUGCUGAAACUCAAAGCAGGAAGGCAAAGGACAGGUCAGAUAAACUUGCUACAAAACAGGCUCAAACAAGUGAACAACAUGUGUUAAGAAAAGAAAAGGAGAAAUUCUAUCAAGAUAAACACGGACAGAGUCAAACGAAUGCUGUAACUGAAAGCAGGAAGGCAAAGGACAGGUCAGAUAAACUUGCAAGAAAACAGGCUCAGACAAGUGAACAACAUGUGCUAAGAAAAGAAAAGGAGAAAUUCUAUCAAGAUAAACUCAGACAGAGUCAAACGUAUGCUGAAACUGAAAGCAGGAAAGUAAAGGACAGGUCAGAUAAAAUGAAAAGGCGACAUGAUGGAACAAUUGAAGAAAUGAAAAGUGAACUGUCACAACUUUUAAGCACAGAUGAAAUAUCACCAAAUGGGUUUCAAUAUAUAUGUCUUACAUGUAAAAGGCAUAUUAACAAAAAUAAGAUUCCACCACAGGCACAGUAUAACAAAAUGUCUGUGCCAAAACCACCAGUGAUCAUUUCAGAAUUAACUGAUUUUGAAAGUAGACUUCUGGCCCGCAGAUACCCCUUUAUGAAAAUAGUGCAGCUGCCAAAAGGGAAACAGCGUGGUGUAAUGGGCAGGGUAGUAAAUGUACCAGUUGAUGCAUCUGAACUUUGCUCAAGCCUUCCAAGAACAUUGUCAAAAUCUGGAAUUCUUCCUGUAAAGUUGAAACGAAAAAGGGCGUACAAAGGCCAUGUCACUUACCAAAACAUUAGACCACAUAAGAUAAAACAGGCAUUCCAGUGGCUUCUCAAAAAUAACAGGCAUUAUCAAAAUGUAGUGGAAACACCAAACUGGCAAGCAAAAUGCCAAGAGGAAAAUGAAGAUGCAUGGCAACAUUUCAAAGAGGAAUCUACACUGAAUAAUAAUCCAGAUAUAACAUCAGAGGAAGGACAAGAUGACGAUAGUGCCAGUACUGUGUCUUCUGACUCAGAUUCCAUUUCAAGUGAUAUCGAUAUGAUACAGCCAGAUACUUUUGAAAAUGAAGAAUCUCAGUUUGACACUUGUGUCCAACCAUCUGACCCGGCUGUUGAUGCUUCAGAGAUAAUAAGUAUUGCUCCAGGAGAAGGACAUCAUCCAAUUCACAUAAUGUUGGAUCCAGGUUGUGAGGAGCAGGCCUUCCCGAAGUUAUUCCAUACAGGUUGCUUCGGCUUUGAUACUGAAAGAAACGCGUAUUCUUAA